AUGCUAUGCUACUGUGUUCGGCAUUGCCCCGGUGGCGAAGAGAACGGUACCUGCAUCGCACGCCCUGGUUCGCAGUGCUUCGCUGCGGUAGAAGAGAGCUACAACCCUGAAACCAACAGCUAUGAGCCUGAGACCUAUUAUGGGUGUCUCCCUCCUGACGAGAGUGGCUUCAUGCAGUGCAAGGGUCACCUGGUUCCUCAUUACAUCGGUAAGUCGAUAGAGUGCUGCAAUUCAUCCGACCUAUGCAACAAGUUCUUGACGCCGAUGUAUCGCCCUCGACCAACGUUACCUCCUCCGCCUCCAAUCUCCCUUCAGGAAGCAGCACCUUAUAUUGCUCUCUUGGUUUCUCUUACUUUUUGCCUAGUCGUCUUCCUUGUGAUGGUUGCCUGUCUUUGUGUGAGGUGUAGGAAAAAAGAAGAAAGCGGUAAAUUGUAUUUAGUGGAAGGUUCUCGAGAUGCUUACUUGACAUCAUCUCAUACACUUCAAGACCUAAUCGAUCAGAGCUCUGGAUCGGGUUCUGGCCUACCUUUACUCGUUCAACGGACAAUUGCUAAACAAAUCCAGAUGGUGCAUUCAGUCGGAAAGGGUCGUUACGGUGAGGUUUGGCUUGCUAGGUGGAGAGGAGAGAAGGUUGCCGUCAAAGUCUUUUUUACAACUGAGGAGGCUUCAUGGUUCAGAGAAACGGAGAUUUAUCAGUCGGUCCUCAUGCGCCAUGAUAAUAUACUUGGUUUUAUUGCUGCUGACAUUAAAGGGACUGGUUCUUGGACGCAGAUGUUACUCAUUACUGAUUACCACGAACGAGGAUCAUUGUAUGAUGUUUUGCGGUCGACAGUCAUCGAACCAGAAGGUUUGCAAAAACUUGCCCGUUCCGCUGCUGCUGGAGUCGCUCAUUUGCAUACUGAAAUUUUUGGAACUCGGGGAAAACCUGGUAUUGCUCAUAGAGAUAUUAAAUCGAGAAAUAUUCUUGUUAAAAGGAACGGCGAAUGUGCUAUUGCUGAUUUUGGUCUCGCUGUGAGAUUUAUCAGCGAAACUAAUGAAAUAGAUAUAACACCCAACACCAGAGUAGGAACCAGAAGAUAUAUGGCUCCUGAGGUUUUGGAUGAAUCUUUGGACACAAAAUCAUUUGACGCUUUUAAAAUGGCAGAUAUAUAUGCUUUGAGCCUUGUUCUCUGGGAAAUGUGCAGGAGAUGUGUAACCAGUGGUAGCUGUGAAAAAUGGGGCCUAGAGGCAGAUGAGUAUGCUCUUCCUUAUCAUGAUGUUGUUCCCAGCGAUCCAUCGUUCGAUGAUAUGCAUCUUGCUGUUUGUGUCAAGGGUAUCAGGCCGCAUUUACCAUCCCGUUGGCAGAACUGUCAGGUGACAUCUGUUCUAUCAAAAAUUAUGCAAGAAUGUUGGCAUGCAAAUCCAGCAGUUCGCCUUACAGCCUUGCGAGUAAAGAAAACUCUUUAUAAAUUAGAUCCAGAUCCAUCGAUAAAAAUCAUAUAG